AUGGCCACAGAUAUGAAAAAAAUCAUUGACGAUGUGGAGACGAGCUCCAGCCAGUCUCAGGCAUGGAACAUGUUCGACACAAACGAAGAUACAUGCUGGUUCUCAGGGCAUGGCAGCCCACAGUCCAUAGAUAUCUACCUGAAGCAGGCGAUGCAUGUGCAGAGAGCUAGAAUAUCCUUCCAGAAAGGAUUCCAUUGCACAAAGGGAAGAGGGUAUGUGGUUUCGAAUGAGGCUUCUGGGCAUGCCGAAAUGGAGUUCCACAACGGAGGAGGCACCGGAUAUCUAGGCAUUAAUGGACGUGGAGACCAUAUCAGGAUAGUCUUGGAAAGCAGUGCGGACAUGUAUGGCAGAUACUGCAUUUACGGGAUUACCUUUGACUUCUGA